CCUGGGCGCGCCCGGCGGGCAGCUGCGGGCCGGGCGCCGGGUGGCGGCGCGGAGGGGUCGCCGAGAGGAGCCCGGCGGCGUCUGUUGGAGCCGUUCCCCCGGGGGGCCGCCGGCGAGGGCAUGAGCGCGGACUGCCUCUGCCUCCGGAGCGGCGGCGGGAGCGGCGAGGGCAGGAGGCGCCGCGCGGGGGCCACCGUCCAGGGCAGCGCAGGGGCACAGCAGGGCAGGAGAUGUGCCUGUCCUUAGCGGCACAGGAAGCAGCAUGCACCCCGAUGCCACCCACAGCAGCGGCGCCGGCCUCAGCCCUGCCCCGGGCGAGCGGCCGGAGUCCCGGGAGGACGCGGCCGCCCCGGGGGGCCCCGGCGGCGGGAGCUGGCGGGUGGCCGUGGCCGUGGCCGCACUCGCCGCCGUGUCCCUCUCCUGCCUGGGGCCCGGCUGCUGGCCGGCGGCGGGAGGCGCGGGGCUGUGCACCGUCCUGCUCAGGCUCAGCCUGUACCUGGGCUGCGCCGCCGCCGCCUUCCUGCUGGGGACCCUGUGCUCCCUCGUCUGCCGGAGCCCGCGAGCCCCGCCGCCCGACUUCGCCGCCGUCUGGAGACGGAUGGCCGCCCGCCGCGGGCCGGCGAGUCCUGUGUAUGAAAACUCACGUGAGACAGUGCAGUCUAGAAGGGUAGUCAUUUCUCAUAAUAUGGACAAAGCUCUGAAAGAAGUGUUUGACUACAGUUACAGAGAUUAUGUUCUGUCCUGGUAUGGAAGCCUCAGCAGAGAUGAGGGACGGCUUUACCAUCUCCUCUUGGAAGACUUUUGGGAAAUUGCCAGACAGCUGCGCCACAGACUGAGCCACGUGGAUGUGGUUAAAGUAGUCUGCAAUGAUGUUGUAAGAACUUUACUCACUCAUUUCUGUGACCUGAAAGCUGCAAAUGCCAGACAUGAAGAACAGCCGAGGCCUUUUAUGUUGCAUGCAUGCUUGAGGAACGCAGAUGAAGAAGGAAGAUUCCUACAGAUGUGCUCUCGGAUUCUGGUGUUUUGUCUCCUCCCCUCAAAGGAUGUCCAGUCUCUCAGCUUGCGUAUAAUGCUUGCAGAAAUUCUCACAAGAAAAGUCUUGAAGCCAUUAGUGGAGCUGCUUAGUAAUCCUGGUUACAUUAACCAGAUGCUACUUGCCCAGUUGGAGCACAGAGAACAGAUGAAUGAACAUCACAAGCGAGCCUACACCUACGCUCCUUCUUAUGAAGAGUUCAUCAAGCUCAUUAACAGCAACUCUGACGUUGAGUUCUUGAAGCAACUAAGGUAUCAAAUUGUAGUGGAAAUAAUCCAAGCAACUACCAUUAGCAGCUUUCCCCAGCUGAAGAGGCACAAGGGUAAAGAAACUGCUGCAAUGAAGGCUGAUCUCCUGAGGGCCAGGAACAUGAAAAGGUACAUUAACCAGCUGACUGUGGCAAAGAAGCAGUGUGAGAAGAGAAUCAGAACCCUGGGAGGCCCUGCCUAUGACCAGCAAGACGAUGGGGCCUUGGAUGAGUGGGAAGGGCCUCAAAGCCAGAAGAUUCUUCAAUUUGAAGAUAUCUUGGCCAAUAAUUUCUACCGAGAUCACUUUCGAAUGUACAUGGAAAGGAUGGACAAGAGAGCUCUGAUUGGUUUCUGGGAGGCUGUGGAAUAUUUAAAGAGUGCUAACAAGAAUGAAAUCCCACAAUUAGUUGGUGAAAUUUACCAGAAUUUCUUUGUGGAGAGCAAAGAAAUAUCAGUGGAAAAAUCACUUUACAAAGAAAUCCAGCAGUGUCUUGUAGGAAAUAAAGGCAUUGAGGUAUUCUGCAAGAUCCAGGGAGAUGUUUAUGAGACCCUAAAGGAUAGGUAUUACCCUUCGUUUAUUGUCAGUGACCUGUAUGAGAAAUUGAUGAUAAAAGAGGAAGAAAAACAUGCCUCCCAGUUGGUUUCCAACAAAGAUGAAAUGGGCCCGGGAGGUGAGGCUGGUGAGGAGGCGGUAGAAGGUACCAGUCAGAUCAAUGAACAAGCCAGUUUUGCUGUAAACAAACUACGAGAACUAAAUGAGAAACUUGAAUACAAAAGGCAAGCUCUAAAUUCUAUUCAAAAUGCACCAAAACCUGACAAGAAGAUUGUUUCCAAGUUGAAGGAGGAAAUAAUUCUGAUAGAGAAAGAACGCACAGACCUGCAACUGCACAUGGCAAGAACGGAUUGGUGGUGUGAGAACCUCGGCAUGUGGAAAGCUUCCAUCACUAGUGGAGAGGUUACAGAAGAGAAUGGUGAGCAAAUGCCUUGUUACUUUGUCCUGGUGAGCUUACAAGAAGUUGGAGGAGUGGAGACCAAGAACUGGACAGUCCCCAGAAGGCUCAGUGAGUUUCAGAAUUUACACCGGAAACUUAGUGAGUGUUUCCCUUCUUUAAAAAAAGUCCAGUUGCCUUCUCUGAGCAAGCUGCCUUUCAAAUCUAUAGAUCAAAAGUUUAUGGAAAAGUCAAAGAACCAAUUAAACAAGUUUUUACAGAAUCUGCUUUCGGAUGAAAGACUCUGUCAGAGUGAAGCACUUUAUGCCUUUUUGAGCCCUUCUCCUGACUACCUCAAGGUUAUUGAUGUGCAGGGGAAAAAACCCACUUUUUCAUUGUCCUCAUUUUUGGAGAGACUUCCUCGUGACUUCUUCUCCCAUCAAGAGGAGGAGACAGAGGAGGACAGUGACCUCUCAGAUUAUGGUGAUGAUAUGGAUGGAAGGAAGGACGCCUUGGCUGAGCCAUGUUUCAUGUUGAUCGGGGAGAUUUUCGAACUUCGCGGAAUGUUUAAAUGGGUGAGAAGAACAUUAAUUGCUCUUGUUCAGGUCACUUUUGGAAGAACCAUCAACAAACAAAUCCGGGACACAGUGAACUGGAUUUUCAGUGAGCAAAUGUUGGUUUACUACAUCAGUGUUUUCCGGGAUGCUUUUUGGCCGAAUGGGAGAUUGGCACCACCGACCACAAUCAGAAGCAAAGAACAAAGUCAGGAAACAAAACAGAGAGCCCAGCAGAAACUGCUCGAAAACAUUCCAGAUGCGCUUCAGAGCCUUGUUGGACAGCAAAAUGCUCGUCAUGGUAUAAUAAAAAUAUUCAAUGCACUGCAAGAAACCAGAGCCAAUAAGCAUCUGAUAUACAAACAUCGCACACAUGUUCCUGCAUUCUUCACUCCUGGAGAAAGGAGCACACUGGUGUGUUUCUUCAUGGAAGAGAGAGAACGAUAAGCCUGUGCACAGAUUUCUCCAGACUCCACCUGUGUCUUUUCUGCUUGCUGAUCUUGUCGUGUAUCCUUUCGCUGCAGUGAACUUAGCCAUGAGGACAACUAUAUGCUGAGUCCUAGUCCUGACACAGUACCCUUGACUAUGUUGUAAAAAUACAAGUCUACACGUUCCAUGUAACUUUUGGCCAAGUUUCUGUUAUUUUUUAUUAUUAAUAUAAUCAUAUUUGCUGAUGUUUCUAAUUGGCCCAUUUGGCACUUUUAUUGGUUGGCCUAAUCCAAUACUGAAAUAACGAAUAACUAUUUAAAGUUCUUCUAAAACUGAGGUUCAACACUGAAGUUCCUGACAUAAUGAACAAAGUUACUGGUGCUCAUGAAAAUAGGGUUAAAUCAGCAUCCUGGGCAGAAGUGCAAAGGCCUGUGUUUAUUGUUCCUUUCGUUACUGUUGUCUAAUGGUAGUGAAAAAAAAAGUAGUGUUCAUACAUUAACCAGAAGCAUAAUCUCUACAUAUAUGAUGGAAACUUAGGAAAGAAUAUUAUAAUUAUUGCUGAGAUCUCAAAAGACAAUACUGAAUCAGGCAGUGGCUUUCUAUUUUUUCUUUCUUGAUUUUUUUCCCUUCCAGCUAGGUCUGUUUAUUUAAAACAAAAGUACUUUUCCCCAUGCACUUCCUUUUGGGUGUGGUAAAUUUACAAUGUCAUGCUGUGAAAGGAGAAAAAAGAAGUACAAGAAAAGACAGGUUGUCUCUCACUGCCCAAGAAACUGUGGGGGGCACUGGAUGGGACCGCUUAGUUGUUUUUUAUUUCAUUUUUCUCCAACUUAGCAUGUAUUCUGUAAGCAAAUAAAAUAGGCUCGGAAACCCUGA